AUGAUAACAGACCAACCAGCAAGUCUCUACGCUGCGACGAAGAAAGCCGGUGAAGAAAUAGCUCACACUUAUAAUCACAUCUAUGGCCUCUCUCUCACUGCCCUUCGGUUCUUCACAGUGUACGGACCUUGGGGAAGACCAGACAUGGCGUAUUUCUUCUUCACCAAGGACAUACUUCAGAACAAACCCAUAAAUAUUUAUCAAACACAGGACGAUAAAGAGGUGGCGCGUGACUUCACGUACAUUGACGACGUCGUUAAAGGGUGUCUCGGAGCUAUUGACACGGCGGAGAAGAGCACCGGCAGUGGUGGCCGGAAAAAAGCUCCGGCGCAACUGAGAGUGUACAAUUUGGGGAACACUUCGCCGGUGUCGGUGGGGAAGCUAGUGGGUAUACUGGAAAACUUACUGAGUGUGAAGGCGAAGAAGCAUGUGAUUAGGAUGCCACGAAACGGCGACGUUCCGUUCACUCAUGCAAACGUGAGCCAGGCGUACAGGGACUUCGGGUACAAGCCCACCACCGACUUGGCUACAGGGUUGAGAAAGUUUGUCAGAUGGUACGUUAGUUAUUAUGGUAUUCAAUCAAGGGUAAAAUUGGAAAUUCACAAUGGCAAGCCCGCUGAUUCUGCAUAA